CUGGACUCAGCUGAUUACUAGUCUAAACUCACGGUAAAUUGCGUUGAUGCAAUUCGGAAAACUUCAAAAAGCAUGACGCAAUUGUUGUUGAGAAGACAGUUUUACUGCUGUUCGUUAAACCAGUUUAGAGUGGUGGAAAAUGUCAUUUUAUAAUUAUUUACGAGACCUUUUCAACUUUGGAGGACGACAAAAUCAACAAAACAACCAGUCGCAAUACGGAUUUGAAGACCAGUGGCAACACGGACAUGAGUUUAGAAAUCCAAUCUGGCAGACAGAUGAAGAUGAUGAUGAUGACAAUGAUGAUUUCAGGCAACGCGGACAGCAAAUUUUUGGCUCCGGACACUUCAACAUUCACAGUAAUCCUUUCGAAAUCACUCAGUACUUUGAACGUCAACUAGAUAACAUGUUGAAAAAUUUCUUUGGAUUUAGUCAGGAUGGUAUCAUGUUGCCGUUCGGCAACGAAGCUGAGGGCCAUUUUCAGGAUCCAAUGCUUAUUGAACCACCAAAACGAGAAAACCUACGGGAUGAAGUUUUAAAACCAGGUUACGAAAGUUAUGAGUCUAAGAAUUUUCACACACCUGUUAAAGAAAAAUUGGAUGUUAAUUUGGAUGGAAAGAUUACUAGUGAAGAGUUAUCUCAAGCCUGGAAAGAUCUUUCAUCCUUACAAAGAAACGAUGCUGAUACUAAUAUAUCUCAGCAACGUCCAUUUUCUUUCCAUUCAUUCGGACAAUCCAUUUCUACAAAAAUUAUUCGCAAGCCUGAUGGAUCUAUCGAACAAUAUCGUACGGUCAGAGACUCUGAGGGAAAUGAGGAAACUACUGUCACGCGUCAGGUUGGGGAUAAAUCACAUACUGUCAUUGUAAAAAAGGGCAAAAAUGGGGAGAAAACUGAAACUGAAUUUGUGAAUCCCGUGAAUCCAAUCGAACCCAAUCCUGAACAGACAUUCGUAGGCAUUUGGGAUGAUCAGAGACAGCAGCAGAGUCCUUUAAGCACCUUUCCUUGGCAUAAGUUUUUUGGUCCUAAAUUGUAGAUUAUACAAUGUUAACAUAAUAUUUAAGAUCAAAGUGAUGUAGAAAUGUUAUGAAUCUUAAUAGUACCAAUUAUGUAGUGUAAAUAAAGUUGACUUGAGUCAACUUAUGUAAAUAUACUGUGGAAGGUUGAAUUACUCGAGAAAAAAACCUCUGUUUCAGCUACAAAUUUAUUCACUGCUUUAUAUUCUGUACACCUUACAUAAUUAUAUACAAUCUAAUAAAUCCAUUGGGCUAUUCUGUGUAUAA